AUGCGAAAUUCCCUACUAUUUUUCAUCUUUCUUCCCUGCGUAAGUUCAGCCCUUUUCUCAGACUGUAAAUGAUUUUUUGCUCUGUUCAGGUGAUAGUUGCUGUCGAUCUCAUUCAUCUACAUGAUGGCUCUCCGUUAUUUGGCGAGGAGGUUUUGUCACCGAGUGGUAAACCGCUCUCGAGGUUUCUAGGAAUCCCAUUUGCAGAACCACCAAUUGGAGAGCUCAGGUAUUAGUUAAAAUGUGCUUACUCUAUUUAGUAACAUCUUUCUCGUUAGGUUUCGAAAGCCAAAAGCGAAACAGUCAUGGAGAAUACCGUUCAACGCAACUAUCCCUCCAAACAGUUGUAUUCAAAGUGAGGACACUUACUUUGGAAACUUCUAUGGUUCGACAAUGUGGAACCCAAACACUAAACUUUCUGAGGACUGCUUGUACCUGAACGUUUACGUGCCAGGAAAAGUGGAUCCUAGUAAAAAGCUGGCCGUAAUGGUUUGGGUUUACGGUGGUGGAUUCUGGUCGGGAACGUCUACACUCGACGUGUAUGACGGACGCAUUCUUCCCGUCGAAGAAAACGUGAUCCUUGUCGCAAUGAACUACCGCGUCUCGAUUUUCGGCUUCCUUUACAUGAAUCGAGUGGAAGCGCCCGGCAACAUGGGAAUGUGGGACCAACUGCUCGCAAUCAAAUGGGUUCACAAAAACAUUGAUCUGUUCGGCGGAGACACCAACCGCAUAACGCUGUUUGGAGAGUCGGCAGGUGCCGCGUCCGUCAGCAUUCACAUGUUGAGUCCGAAGAGUGCGCCGUACUUUAAUGUGAGUUUUGAAACGUCGAGACGUAGAGUAGGAUAAACUAAUUUUUAGCGUGCCAUCAUCCAAUCCGGUUCAGCCACGUCUCCAUGGGCUAUCGAGCCCCGAGACGUGGCCCUGGCCAGAGCUGUCAUUCUCUACAACGCUAUGAAAUGUGGUAACAUGUCUCUGAUCAGUCCAGACUACGACCGAAUCCUGGAUUGCUUUCAACGAGCGGACGCAGACGCACUCAGGUACAUCAGUUUAACACAUACUCUGUCCGAAAUGUUUGUCUUUGCAUUUGCAGAGAGAACGAGUGGGCUCCCGUCCGUGAGUUCGGUGAUUUCCCUUGGGUUCCUGUGGUAGAUGGAGAUUUUCUAUUAGAAAACGCUCAAACGUCAUUGAAGCAGGGAAACUUCAAGAAGACGCAACUGCUGGCCGGAAGCAAUAGGGAUGAAAGCAUUUACUUUUUGACUUAUCAACUUCCGGAUAUAUUCCCUGUCGCCGACUUUUUCUCGAAAACAGAGUUCAUCAAAGACCGAUCGAUUUGGAUUAAAGGAGUGAAGGACCUACUGCCACGUCAGAUUCUAAAGUGUCAACUCACGUUGGCAGCUGUUCUUCAUGAAUAUGAGCCGCAAGACCUUCCAGUCUCAGCUCAGACUUGGUUGAAUGCAAUGGACAAAAUGCUCGGCGACUAUCACUUCACCUGUAGUGUUAACGAAAUGGCUCUGGCCCACACAAAACAUGGCGGCGACACUUUCUACUAUUACUUUACUCACAGGUACUAGCGACCAGAAGAAAAGGGGAAAAACUCAACAAACAAUUUACAGAGCCUCACAACAAACUUGGCCAGAAUGGAUGGGUGUUCUUCACGGUUACGAAAUCAAUUUCAUCUUUGGCGAACCGUUCAAUCAAAAGAGAUUCAACUACACCGACGAGGAACGAGAAUUGAGCAGUCGGUUCAUGAGAUACUGGGCGAACUUUGCAAAGACCGGGUACGCAGGAAAUUGUUAUUUGAAAAAUCAACAAAAAAACACAUAUUCAGGGAUCCUAACAAGAACGACGAUGGAUCCUUCACACAGGAUGUCUGGCCCAAGUACAAUCCAACAAGUAUGGAGUACAUGAACAUGACUGUAGAGUCCGCCUACCCGAGCGUCAACCGGAUAGGACAUGGUCCCAGACGGAAAGAGUGUGCUUUCUGGAAGGCGUACCUACCGAACCUGAUGGCUGCCGUUGGUAUGUUAUCCACUCGGAAAAUGAGAAAUUUACAGACUUGUUGAAUCCAGGGUCGGGAUUGUGAGAGUCUGUGAGAGUCGGCCUGGGUCAUCAAAACAUUGAAAAUGUUCUAAAUGUCUUGUUUUUAGCUGAUGUCGGUGAUCCGUACCUUGUCUGGAAGCAACAGAUGGAUAAAUGGCAGAAUGAGUACAUCACAGACUGGCAAUACCAUUUCGAACAGUACAAACGGUUUGUCCAACUGUACUUACAAGUUAUGACGUCACUAUUUCAGGUACCAAACGUAUAGGCAAUCUGAUAGCGAAACGUGUGACGGAUAA